GCGGCGUUGUUACACUGAGUAGUCUUCCCUUGCCAGUGUGGCGGCUUCGCUUGACAACGCAGCCACGAUGAACCUAUUUCAUUUCUUCGGUAAUUAACUGAAAACUACACACGAUGCCAGGUUCCUGAGGCAGGAAAAAGUUUCAUAUUUUCAAAAAGAUGGACGAAUUUCGCCUGACAUAUGUUCGCCUGUGCAAGGAAAAUCACACUGAACCACAGGAUGUUGUGGUAGAAAAGCUUAAAAGCUUGGAGCAAACAGGUGGCAAAGGACGAACAACUCUGGACCUUUCAACUCACAGUUUGUCUCCCAAGACUUGUGCAGUACUGGGAAAAGUGUUAGCAACAGACAGAAAUUUUACAGAGGUCAAAUUUGCUGACUGCAUGCUUUCAGAUGAUGCUGUGAAGAGUCUUGCACAGGGAUUAGCAUACAAUGGAUUCUGCAAGAAGCUUGAUCUUAAGGGGAACAACAUUCGUGGCUCAGGUGUAGAAGCGCUUGGGAAGAUGUUGCAGCAUAAUAAAAGUCUGAUCAGUAUUUGUUUGGAGUGGAAUGCCUUGGGGAUGCUAGAGACAUCAUUUGCAACAUUUUGUGAUGGUCUUGGAGCCAACUCAGUGCUGCAGGCCCUUGACCUUCGGAACAACCAGAUCAAUCAUGAGGGUGGGGAGGAACUAGCUACAGCUCUAAAACGCAACACAUGUCUUCGAGCUCUUGAUCUGAGAUGGAACAACAUUGGCCUUCUAGGAGGCAGGGCCUUCCUUGAAAUGCUUAAAUCAAACAAAUCUCUAUCCCGCCUGGAGCUUGCAGGAAACAACGUGCCUUCAGAUAUUACAAAAUCCAUAGAAACUGCCAUUGACAACAAUGCGGAGCGCCAGAUCCUGUCAAUGGAGCACCAGAAACGUACACAUACACUGUCUCAGCACAUCAAAUCUGUUGAGAAGGAGCGCUCAGUUCAGCUCUCAGAACUGAUGAAUGAGAUAGAUCACAAAGAGGAGCUACUAAGGAAAACAAAAAGGACAUCUUCACAUCACAUUGGACAGCUGCAGGAGGCCCUUGAGGACAGAAAAGGGGCAUUCAACUCUCUUGCAGCCAAGCUGUCGAUGACAGAGUCAGAACUAGUUCUGGCUGAACAGAAGGCCAAUGACUAUGGAGCAAUUGUAAACCACUUGAAACAGGAGAUGACAGAUGCUGCCCUUAUUCAUCAGAAUGAACUGCGAAAGGAGAAGGAGGAUCGAGCACAAGUAGAAAUGAGGUACCUCAAAGAAGUUUCUGAUCUCGAGGAAAAACUUUUGCUGAGUCAAAAUAAGGUAGAAGACCUUGAUAGGAAAUGCCGCCAACAGCAAGAACAGAUCUUUGAGCUGAAGGAGUAUGUUGCUCACUUUCAGGCAGAACUCAAACUGAAAGGUGCUCAGUUUGAAGAACGUCUACAGGCAGAGAGACAGCAUCACAAGGAAAUCCAGAGAGACCUAGAAACUGCCAGAUCAAAGGAUAUAGCACAUGUGAAACAAGAGGCAGAAGAUGUUGAGCGCUCACUGCGAGACAGGAUUCAGAAAAUGGAAUCCCAUCGCUUGGAACUGGAAGAGGAGAUUUCCCGACUUAAGUCCAAUAAUAUGGCUGACAAACUGUUGGCUGAAGAACAGCUUCAGUCAGCCAAACAGCGCAUUAGGGCAGAAGAGGAGCAGCGACACCGACAGCUAGAGGAGAAAGUACGUGUUCUACAGACUACAAAAGAUGAACUGCAGAGUCACUGUAACCAGCAAGCUGCUCUGGUGUCUGAGUUACAAAGCCGUAACAGUGGCCUGACACUGGAAGUUGAGAAUCUCAAGCGCCGAUUGGAAGAGAUGGGCCAUGAGUUAGCAGACAAGAACAAUUACACAAUGGCAGAAGUGGGGAAAGUCAAGAUUGAGCUUAACCAAGUGGUCAACAAACUAGAGAGUGAGCGCUCCUUGAAUGCAGAGCUACGUGAAAAACUUUCUCAAGUUGAUCGUGAAUUGUCAGAUCAGCUUCUUCGUUAUAGACAAGCCAUGGAAGAAAAAGAUCGAGAACUUGUGAUGGUACAAGAAAAGCUAAGAGCACGAGAGCUAGAAAUGCAGAGACAGCGAGAAGAAGAAGUACAGAGAGCUCAACUUCUUCAGUCAGCCAUGAUGUCAUAUAUAACACGGUCCCCUACGAAAUGAGGUCCUAUAUAACAUGGUCACUUAUUAAACAAUGUUGUAUAUAACAUGGUCACCUACUUAAGUCGUAUAUAACAUGGUCACCUACUAAAUGAUUGAUGUCAUACGACAUGGUUCCCGACUAGAAGCCACCAGAGGACAUAAUGCAUUCACUUGCUAAAUGAUGUGUGUCAUAGUGUCACCCUUGACAUGGUGUAAAAGAGAGAUGAUCACCUACUAAAAGAGUACUGUGGAGGUACUUUCAGCCACUGGUGGCUGUGAUGGUGUCUCAGUGAAGGAUGGAUGCUAUUGUGCUGUGGUUUUUACUUGUGGAGGAAUGAGAGGGAUCCCCAAGAUGUCCUGUGCAGCAUAAAAUGUUUUUGAAGUCAGAACUUGGUACAUUACAGCAAAUACCUGGUGCUGUCAAGCAAAGCAACAAUGUUUAGGAUUUUGAAGGGAUACAUUUUCAAAAAUUGUUGCAAGAAUAAAAAUUCUCAUAUACCCAAAGAA